AUGUUUGGGGUGGGCAAAGUAAUUGAGUUGUACGAAAUCAAACACAUCUUUACGGAACAGAACAGUGGAGGGCCGUCCAGUGUGGCGCCGCGCCGCGAUAUUGUACUAGGCGGGCAGAACUGCCGGGAGAGUAAACGAUACAGGCCAGAAGGUUUUCGUCCCUCAGGCGAGAGUGUCGUGCCCGACGCCCGCUCGUCGCGCUUUCCCUAUACU